AUGUCGUCCGCUAAUUCAUCCGAUCAAUUGGUUCGCCUGAAUAUCAAUUUACGUGAGCGCUGCCGAAUGCACGAUCUUAACGAAGCGUUUGACGAUUUGCGAGCCAUUCUGCCGUAUGCCAAUGGUACAUCGGUACGAAAGCUGUCUAAAAUUGCCACUCUGCUGCUGGCGAAAAACCAUAUCCUAAUGCAGGUAGAUACUAUUUUUGUUGUUCAGUUUAGAAUCAGUUUUUAAAU